AUGCCGGCGUUUUCUAGACUUAUCCGUUUUCUGGCCAAGAAUGGCAAAACGUACUAUGGAGAUGCUAUCCUACCAGAGGGGGUGACAGACAUUGCUAAGACGAAGAGUGCACGUGUCAUCAAAGGGGAUAUCUUUGGCAAGCACGAAGUUACCGAUCAGAUUGCGGACGUCCGACUACUUCUAGCACCUCUCGCAUUAGAGGAAGUUAAGUCCGUCCGAUGUCUGGGUCUUAACUACGCACUACACGCAAAAGAGGCCAAUCUUCCGAUACCGAAAUAUCCAGUCCUAUUUUACAAGCCGGUCACUUCUCUGUCGGGGCCUACGGAUCCUAUUCCCAUCCACCCAAUUGCACAGGAAGAACUAGGACUGGAUUAUGAAGUUGAACUUGUCGUCAUUAUUGGAAAGGAGGCUAAGGACGUAUCGGAGUCUGAGGCGCUCGACUAUGUCCUCGGAUACGCUGUCGGAAACGAUGUUUCGCACAGAGACUGGCAGGUCGCCCGCGGUGGUGGCCAAUGGUCGUUGGGUAAGGGGUUUGAUGGCUGGGCACCAUAUGGGCCGGGCAUCGUCACCAGCAAUAUCAUCAAAGACCCACAGACGCUCCAGAUCAGCACUAGAGUGAAUGGACAGACAGUACAGGAGAGCAACACAGCCGAUCAGAUCUUUAAUGUUAGGAAAACUAUCGCAUUCUUGAGCAGGGGCCACACGUUGCUACCUGGUGAUCUUAUCUGGACGGGCACGCCGUCGGGCGUUGGAAUGGGUCGCAAGCCGCAGCUGUGGCUAAAAGAUGGCGAUAUCGUCGAAGUCGAGCUUGAAAGCGUCGGAAUUGUCUCCAACAAGGUUGAGUUCACCAAAGAAGACUCCGCUAAGUUGUAA